GUCAGGGUCUAAAAGCGACAUUUCUUCUAAUUGUGCUAUAAUUGAACUGACUCAGAUUUCCCUUGGGAUUGUCGAAUCUAGGCUGCAAAAGAGGCCCCCAAAAAGACAAUUAUCUUGUCAAGGGGCAAUUUUUUAUAUACGAUAAACGGAAAUGCGCUAUUGAUGUGGCAUGUAUGCGAGUGUGUGGGCAAUGACUGAUUUGGCCCAAAUUCGGGCUCCGAUUGUUGCCGGAACGGUAAUCUUGGUGGGGAAUCGAAGUUAUGAGGACAUUGACCGCGAUUUGGUCGUCCUGGUAACACCCAGAAGAGUACAUUCAGUUUGGUCAUGUGUGGUAGGUACCCCGCCAAGAUGAGAUUUGCCAACUUCCAACUGUUUUGAGCAUGCCUCCCCUCGCAAUUUGUCCACCAAUCACGGCUCUUUUUCAAUUGAUGAGCGAGCUGCCUCAAUUUGAAUUGGAGUCCCUCAUUUUCAUUUUUUCGUCUUCUGUUCACUCACUCAACUCCAGGUCUUUCAGUGCGACACAUCGAUCGCUUGUUGGGUGAUCUAGGGAUUUCAACAUGUUUGAAAAGAAGAUCUGGCUACUGAUUUGUCUAGUCUUGAGCAUGGCCAUGCACAUGGCCAAUGCUCAAGGGUCCGGAUCGGGAGAGAUGGAAGCGGGCCUGGAAGAGGGUAGCGCUGCUUUAGACGAAACACCAGCAGAAGAGGCUUCAGGCGAGGAAGCAACCUCAGAAGAUACCGCCUCUGAGGAGGAUGCAGUUCCUGAAGCUGAAGGUGAAGGAGCACCUGAGGAAGAUGGAGCUGCCCCUGAGGAAGGUGAAAUUACCGAAGCAGAGGUGGAUGAUGCGGAUCCUGAGGUUGACGGAUCAGGAGAAGGGGCCAAUGGCAUCGGUGAUGAAUCCUUUUCAGCAGAGGGGUCAGGUGCUGAUGCUACGGCUGAGGAAGGCGAAGGUGAGGCCAAUUGCGAGAUCGUAGAGGACGCCUCUGGAGACAGUAUAGAAGCACUUUUAGCCUUGGGCACCAAAAAGUGUAAAGAGUCCGGAGCCGAGGCAGAAGCUGAGGGAGGAGCUGAAGAGCUUGCUGCUACAUUGUUCCAAUGCAACAUGGACGGUAUGGACGAGAAAGUGGCUGAAUGCAUGAGCAGUCUGGAUGAGAGAGUCGGAACUUUGGAGCAAGCAACUCUCUCAGGAGAAGGCGGCGGUCUUGAGGAACAAAUCACUUUGGUUCUUGUCAAGAAAGGUGUCAUCGAUUGCGAUAAUAACACCCAAUGUGCUGAUGAUCGAGCUUGCAUCGAUUCUUACCAAGAACCUGGACGAAAACUUUGCGAGAGACCUUGCGAUAGAACCCAAUGCAGUGUGCCAUAUUCCGAAUGUGUGGCCACAAAUCACGAGGCUGAGUGUGUCUGCAAGGAAGGGUUCCAUGGUAACGGGACUAAGGCUUGUUUUCCUGAAGGGUUUGAGGAAGAAGCCAACGGAAAAAGUUACAAAAUGUUCGAUGAUGCAUACGUUGAAUUCGACAACGCUACCGAUCAUUGCAAUGAACUAGGAGCUCGAUUGCCCGUUUUGGAUUCGGCCGAGACAAUCAAGAUCAUCAUGGCAUAUCUUGAAGAGUCUAACUUCACCGUUUUUGAGCAAUGGGAUCGAUCGUCCCGACGGAUUUGGCUUGGGCUCACUUUGGACCGUGGAUCUGGAUUAACCUGGGUGGAUGGAGCUAGAGUCAUCUCGUACCCCGCCUCUUCCAGGCUCUUUGUUUGGGAAUCACGAAGAAUGCUUUCACAAGAAGUGAGUUACGCGGACAAUAGCCGACAUUACGCUCUCUACAUUGAUGGAGACUUGGCCAAACUACCCGGAGGUGGUCGAAAGGGUGCUGCUGUGCUCUGCGAACUGAUCCCGUCACAAAUUCGAGAACCUGCACAACAAAAUCCGUAUCAAAACUACAACACUGACCCCCGUUACCAACAAUACGGCCCACAACAGCCCAGUUACCCGAGCGAUGGAGGUUAUUCGCCCUACGCUCAACGUCCGGGCUAUUAGAGGUGGUUUUUCUUUAACCAAAAUCAUCACGCCAUCAAGGCAGAACAAUAUUGCUAAACCAUAAUGGAAUUAUAUACCCUAAUUUCAAAAGCUGUGUUCCAAUCCAAUUUGAAAUACAACCCUGUUCAAAUA